AAUUUCCGGCGGCAUAGUUGGCAACUCUGACGCUUUGGAGUGAGUCAUCUUUCCUUCAGACUACGGCUGUCGGCUACAUAGUCAUUUGGUCGCGUUUGUUAAUGCAAUAAACAGUUUUGUAGUGGGUGAAGUUUUGUAUUGAUUUCUACGUUCUAGUGAUUGAAGAAUUUCCACACUCACUUCAGAUUGCACUUCGUUUGUCUUAUCUUGGGUUAUCUUUGCGACGUUCAAGUGUAAACUUGCUGAAAUGUAACAACUAAAUGUUCUUUCUCGUUGGUGCAGUUGUUUGUUGUCUAGAACUGUAGGCUAUAGGUACGGAGUUGACAUCUUCAAGUACGGAGAAACCGCAAUGGACUCACUCCCAUUGUUAGUACUGGAUAAAAUCGCAGAGCACCUGACACCCUACGAGCUGGCAGCGUGUUCUGCCGUUAGUGUGGGCUGGAGGGAUGCCUUCAACCAGGACAGUCUGUGGAGGCCACACUGCAACGAGGACACGGCAGAGUACCUGGAGACUGCGGAGUGUAGAGUGGAGCCGAGGUUUGAGUCUCUGGAGUCGGAAGACGGCACGCUGAGUCCUGUCUGUCGCUGGCGGAUGUGUUACAUGCGUGACAUUCACCUGCGGAAAAACUGGAGGCAGUGGAACUGUAUCAAAGAUGACAUACCGGUCAAGGAUUUAUAUCUUAAUGAUAUGUAUAAUUUCGUUUGUAAUGAUUUGGUCAUUAACACACAAGAAGAUUCCAGUCACAAAGUGAAUGUUUCACUCUGGAACGUCAAAAGCGUUCCAGUAAGAUUAGGAAACCCAUUUAGUAUCUCGUUCAAUGGAGGUGAUAUUAUAAUGGUCAACGAAAAAUGUUUAGUGAUUGUGAAGAUACAUCACGUGGAAGUUUACAACUGUGAGGCAUCCUGUGACUGCGAGUGGCCCAUGAGGUAUUUUUUCUUUGUUGGUGGGACUGAGACGUAUCUAUCUGGUGACAAAGACAAGAUUUUGACUAACGAUAAUGUGCACGAAUGUAUUAAAUCUUAUUAUUUUACAGGAACAUAUUUUGUUUACGUUACAACAAACAACAGUGAUCUUCACAUAUGGGAUCUCAAUGUUGGUACAGAAUUAAAUCGAGUGAAGUUUCCCGUGUAUGACGAACUUGUUCCAGAUGUUGAAAGUAUUUACAACAUUAUCAAAUCCGAGAAUGAUUCAAAAGAUUUUGUCUUAGUCCAGAGCUAUGAAGCGGAAAACGUAGUUGCCAACGUAUUCCGUGUCUACAGCCUGAAUAUAUUACAGUUCCUCCCUUUCCAAGUGCGUCAUGACUUCCCUUACCAAGAUGUUAAAUGUAUUUUAUUGGACCAAUUCGUUGCUGUUGCUGAUACAUGUGGUCCUGUUCACUUAUACAAUUAUAUGACGUCGGAAUUAAUUGUGAAGGUAUCAACUACUUCUUCUGACAUUCUAGCGUUUGGAAGAAACAUAGUGAUUUAUGAAGAAGGGAGAAUGCAUGCAAAGUUUGAUUGUCGCACUUUAAAAGUAGAGCCAUUUCCAGUUACCGAUUUAAAUGAAAGCACGUCGAAGUAUCAAUUCGAGGAAUACUUGUUGCACAGGAUUCUUUAUGUAACUAGCAAAGUCAAUAUACUGAACUUUUCGGAGGGUGGGUCGAGUUUUGAAUCAGAUGAUGUAACAUGGAUUACAGAAGAAAUGUAUAUGUUGGAAAACUACAAAACUAAUAAAUCUCAUACCAAGUGUGUUUUUAAAUGUUUUAGCAAUAACCGGUACUUGCUUAAAGUUAUUACCUUUUGGUAAUUUGUAGCAAUAAUUUUAAAUAUAGGCCUACUAUAGCCAUACACUUUAACUUUCGAUAGUUUUCGCUUACUUAAAUGUAAGCUUUGUAACAUUACGCUUACCCUCAGAAAUACCCAACUACGAAUCUUUACAUAUGAUUGUGAAAUGCUGGAAGACAUUAUCCAUUACAUUUUAAUAUUACAACUAGUAUGUAUUUCUCAUUUAUUGCUUACGUAUGCCCUGGAGAAAGUAGGUGGAAACGGAUGUUCAAAGGAUUUCUAGGGGUGAUCUGAGAGGUAGAUCAAGGAAAGAACUAAUUGUUUUCGCAUGAUCUCUCAUCUACGCGAACGGGAAUCAUCUGGAAUGGAGACUCUUUAGUACCAGUUAUGACUAUUUCAACUUAUGUUAGUGAUUUUAGAUUAUAACAAUAGUGGAUAGUCUUUUUAUACAUGAAUAUAACCAAUAAUACUGUUUUUUGUUCUUUAUAAAAACAAUAAUUUACUGAAUGUUGUCAUCCUGUGCCAUAUUAAUACGUUCACAAUUUAUCAUCCAAGCAUUCUUUUUAUUUUAUCUUUUACUAUAAACGUAACAUAAAAUGUACAUAUGUGUAUGUUAUUUUACAUCAUGUACUUCUUAAUUUUAUCUUUAAAUAGUGGUGUGUUGUACAUUCUUUGAUAAUAAAUCUUUUUACUUUA